AACUUUUGUCUUCAACAAGAAUUAAUUAAACACAAGAAUAUUGUUCUAUUUUCUUGUGUGGUAAUUCAAAAUUUAACUUAAUCCAGCUUUGGUCCGUGUUAGUAAAUUAACUCGGUAAUAAGUAAGACUUCGUUGGUUGAUUUAGUAUAUCCGGCUAAUGUAUAGUAUAUGUAUCGUCAAUGUAUAAUAUAUGUAUAUUGGCUAGCGACUGUAGAUAUUUACCCGAGCAGCCAAAUGUGUAACUCCCCCAAAUUUAGUUUCUUCCGCUGAUACAAAACUUAUGGACACUGUUUUUUAACCAACACAUGGAAAUUUUCUUAUUUCCUAUAUGGCCAUAAUUUCAUGUAUUUUUUCUCUAUGAUAUUAAAGGGACUUAUACUAGAGUUUUCACGUUUUUACAUGAACUAAUUAAUAUUCUUUUUAUAUAAAGAGACAAUGCUAAACCAGUGUCGCUAACUACAUUACUUUUUUGAAUGACGAUGAAUUAAAACUUUAAUAAGGAAAUAACUAAGAAAACUCUACUUUCACUGUAUAUUUCUUUGCAAUAUAAGCUAAUUUUAGUAUUUGGUGUUUGUCACUUUUUUUCCUCGGAAAAUAUCUCUCAGCUUCGUUGAUAUAAUUUCUUCCAUAUUCAAGUGAGACUUUUGGAAAAAAGGUUUCAUGUGAACGAUACUUGCACAUGGGUUAGUCGAUCCUAAGGUUAGGGAACCUCGAUAAAUUGAGUGCUUAUAUAUAAGUACUUUGAAAGAGAAUUGAGUUAAAAUUUCUGAACCAAGACGUGGUGUUGACGACUAUGUUAGGGACUUCGGCGUCGCCGGGGCCUUGGGAAAAGUUAUAUUUUCUGUUGGACAGUCUGCCCACCCCGAAACGGAAAUAAAGGGGACAGUCUGCCCACCCCGAAACGGAAAUAAAGGGGCCUCAACAUCCUCAUACCUGAGACAUUUAUGAACUCAGUAACUAGCACUAUCAAAGUAUGCAUUGUUGGCUUAAAGUUGAUCAGCUUGGGCUACUAGGAACUACUAAGUUCACUUCUAGUGACAUUUGUGCUCAUUCUCUUCUUGUUGUACUAUGUAAUAACUUGAUAAUUAGAGUAGUAAGGUGCAGUAAGCACACGACUACUGUUAAGAAAUUUAACUUGAUCGAUCAUUAACUUCAUCCGUAACUUGCUUAAAUUCUAGGCCAAGAUAUAAAUGCUGAAUCUCAGAUCCUCUGGAAGUAGGGCAUUUUAAAGUAGCAUUUGCGAGUAAUACAUUCCCCAAUAUUUAUACUGCACGAGGGUGCAAGAGUAAAUGACCUAUUUUGUCGUUCCCGUAGUAAAGCAUAUUUAUAGCUCUUUUCCAUUACUUACUGGGAAAUAAAUGGCAUUUUGGACGUGUAUUAUCCUCUCUCCGCCAUGUUGAAAAUGCACUCCUUUCUAAAAAUGGCAGAAAUAGUGUUUAUUAGUUACUUUUCGAUCUAUUUUUGAAAAUUUAUCAUUAUUAUGAUAUUCCAAAUUUGCUAAGUAAAAUUUAGGCCGUUCACUAGUUAUAUUCCGGUCCUAUAUUUGAAACUAAUGUCGGGUUAAACCGGAGAAGUGGAGAAAAGUCAAGACCGGAGACUCCAAAAUAUAAACAAGAUUUAGGAAAUUCCCAAACCCUUUCCCUCUUGAAAUCAUGGAUUCGCGUCAUUCCAGCAAAAAUGGCGGCUCUAAUAGUAGGAGCAAUUUGAGAGAUUCAAUGUCGAAGAAGCAAAAGAACGGUGUCGGUGAAGUUGAUAAAACCCUAGAUGAUCGUAUUAGUGAAUUACCGGACGCACUCCUCGUACAAAUUCUAUCUCUUUUGCCGACUAAAGACGCUGUCGCAUCAUGUGUUCUCUCAAACAGGUGGCGUUAUCUUUGGAAUUCAAUUCAUAAUUUCCAUUUCGCUGGUAGUAAUUACUACAAUAAAGUAGAAAAUUUCGUAUCUCUUGUGGAUCACGUUUUGACUCAUUGCACUUGUUCCAAAAUAAAAAAAUUCCAACUCGAUUUACCUGAGAAUCCUGAGUGGAACUUUGAUUCGAAUAUCAGCCAAUGGAUUAAUUUUGCUGUGGAAAGAGAAGUGGAAGAUGUUGUAUUGUGUUCAUAUGAUGAAGAUGUCACUUUUGAAUUGCCUAUAUGUAUCUGCACUUGUUCCUCAUUGAUUACAUUGGAUUGGAGGUGUUGCGUGCUUGAUAAUGAAUCGGUCAUAGAGUGGAAGUCUCUGAAGAGCCUAAAGUUGGAUUAUAUUUUUGUAGAUGAUGAUGAUCUCGCGAAGAUACUGUUAGGUUGUCCUGCUUUGGAAACUCUGGAGUUGUCUUUUUUCGAUGGUUUUCGUCGUCUAGAAAUCACUUCUUCAAAUUUGAAGAGACUAACGUUGGCGCGUCACUGGUGGUUUUAUGGCAGAGUUGAGGAUCCUUUGGAAAUUAUUGCCCCGUAUCUUCAGCAUUUGGAGAUUUUAGGAGACCUUGAAUAUCUCAAGUGUAGGCUAGUAGAUGUCUCCUCUUUGGUUACCGCCAGACUCACUUUUAACAUUACAUGUAUCACUAAUAUCGUGGAGGUUAAUCUUAACGCCCAGCACGACGGUUGUGGUGAUUAUCAUCAAGAUUUUAGAAACCUUGUUCUGGACUAUCUUCAAAAACUGAGUUAUGUAGCUGAGCUAACAAUUGGAUGGUGGUUAGCAGAGGUCGUGUUCAUGUUGCGACUCAAAGGAGCGUCGCUACCAAAAUUGAAAUGCAAAUGUUUAAUUUUAGAGAUGUAUGUGACAAAGUAUAAUUUGUAUGGAGUAGCUAGCCUUUUGCGGAACUCACCUCUUCUGGAGACACUCAACAUACACUUGAGAGUUGGACCCCUUCAUGAUUUCCGUUGCCCACUUGAGCUAAGGUAUUUGGCCAAUGUCAAUUAUAUCGAUUUGCAGUGUUGGUUUUCAAACAUCAUGUUUCCCAAUCUCAAGAAUGUUAAGAUUGUCGGCUGCAUAGGGGUAUGUUUGAAGCGGUUUGGAAGGGGCAACGAUAAGCUCUUCGAACUUUCAAAGUUUCUACUAAAGAAUGCAUUGACUUUGAAGAAGUUUGUCAUCGUAUCAGAGAAGAGAAUAUGCAGUAAAUGUUCAGAGAGCUGUGUGUCCCAAUAUUUAUCACGAUUGGCUAAGAAAUUGUUUGAUUGCCCAAGAUCAUCUAAGAAGUUUGGGAUUACUUACGAAGAGUCUGCUUUGGAAUGACUAGACUGGAACUGAUUUUGUUUCAUUAGCAAUACUAUAAAUGUCACCUUAUAUUGUAGCUUUUGAUUUACUGCAGAUGUAAUUAUGAACUUGCGGCGGUACAAAUGAUAUUGCUGCUUGGUUUCUCAUGAUUCAUCUUCGUUUGUUGCACUCUAGACGUUGCAUAUGUGUUUAGAAUUUUCUUGUUACUGUUGUUUUCUUGGAACUGUCAACAUCGACAAACCUACAAGCGACAUGUUUCUAUGCUAACAAACAUUAUUUGGGAUUUUGUCCUUAACUUCAACAAACUGUGGCCUGAGGAGCUUUGCACAAAAUUAUCGCUAUGUGAUAUGUUUAGGAUGUCCUGCAACAUUAUUUCCA